CAGGACGGAGUCUACUUCUUCCCUUGCCUAAGAUUCCGCUACCAAGUUGUCAGGCGUCAAGUAGGGUAAGAAUAUGCUGCUUUUCAUAAACAUAGUAGUACAAAUAUUGCUAGAAGCGCUGAAAGCGUCGACUUCUACGCGCGCGACAGAUGGACGGUCAGCGGCGAAGAUCGGCAGGUUCCACAUCAUCAGGCUGGCUUUGCUUGCUUAUGCAAUUAUAUGUGCUUGGCCAUGUCACUCACAGCCUCUACAAUAGACACCUAGUAGAUUGACAAGCCUUCCGCAUAUUGACAAUAGUCUGGUACUAUCGGUUGUCUCGUAUAGAAGGGUCGUCACCGUCAAGAAGAAAGGGCCCGGUCAAACCAUACUCGAACACGGCUACUUGAGCAACGCACAAGGAUGGUCUCUGGUAGAUCAAUCCUCCGUUCGAUCACCUCCCUCCCUUUGUUGUUUGCGGGAAGUGCCGCUGCUCUAUCAUCAUUGAAGGGCUCGGCGACGGACAGUAAGAUCGCAAAGAACGUGCUAGAAAGUAAAGGCGAGGGUUAUUGUAGCCCUUCGGGACCGAUAGAAAACACCCUAUGCGCAUACGAAACGAUAGAAGAGCUGAACAAGCGGCUAUACCCUGAACUGCACGGAAUCGUGGAGAGCAACUUUUUCCGGUAUUGGAAGGUCGACUUGUUCAGGGAAUGUCCGUUUUGGUAUGAGAAUGGGUUCUGUAUGAACCGGGAUUGUGGUGUGGAGACGGCAGACGAGUCUCACAUCCCCGAAAAAUGGCGCACCAAAGCCCUCUCCCAGCUCAAGGUCUCUGACGACCCAAACCUUCCCCCAGGUUGCGAUAUCAACUCGCAAUCAUUCUGCUACAUCGACAGCGAAUCCCCCUCCUCGGACGCUCAAUAUAUCGACCUCGUUCUCAACCCCGAGAGGUUCACCGGGUACGCCGGAGAAAGCGCUCAUAGGGUCUGGGGAGCGAUCUACGAGGAGAACUGUUUUGGCCUGUCAGAAGGGGUCGUCGGAGGGUUGGCCCCUGCGGAAGAAAGAAAAGCUUGGGCGGGGAGCGGCAAGGGUGCGGGCUUACAGGGUGGGUUUGGGAAUGGGGUCAAGAAUAGCUUGGUAGCGAAAAAGGAGGAGGAGUGUCUGGAAAAACGGAUCUACUAUCGGAUCAUCUCCGGUCUUCACGCUAGUAUCAGCAUACACAUCUGUGCCGACUACCUCGACCAAAACACCGGAGAAUGGGCACCCAAUCUUCAAUGCUUCGUCAACCGGAUAGCUACCAACCCCGAACGACUAGCCAACGUGUACUUUGAUACCGUCCUCCUCUUGCGUGCCAUCGCUCGAGCGGCACCGUACCUCGAAGCUUAUGAUAUCGAGACGGCGCAAUCCAAGAACGACGCGGUAGGGAUCGAGGCGGAUAAGAAAGUUAGGGAGCAGCUUCGGGCCGUCUUGGAUAUGGCUCGGGAUAGCGGAGCGAGCGCUUUUGACGAGAAGGCGCUCUUCAAUGGGGACGACGCGUUGGAGUUACGAGACCAAUUCAAGCACAAUUUCAGGAACGUCUCUAGGAUUCUGGACUGCACCGGCUGUGACAAGUGCAGGUUGUGGGGGAAAUUACAGAUAUCGGGUAUCGGUACGGCGUUGAAGAUCUUGUUUGAGCUCGACGACAAGGCUUUCGAUCCCAAGCGAAACCCAAACCUGCUUCAGCGGUCCGAGAUCGUGGCAUUGAUCAAUACGAUGCACCGAUUGAGCGAGAGUCUAUACGCCGUCGAGACCUUCAGAAAGAUGUAUGCCGAGACGCAAAGGGUCGAACAGGCGAGAUUGGCAGAGCUGGAGGGCGUCGUGGCCGAGGAGGUCAAGAAACCCGCUCGUCCGCUGAAACCUCUCAGACGCAAAGGGAAGACCCCGGCGAAACGAAUAAGAACAAAAUCCAGCACCAGCGUCGCCGAUCAGAUCCGAAGCUACAUUUCGAAACUACGUCUAACGUGUAGUCGGUCGUUGAGUCGUUGCCUGCAGCAAUUGGGGCGCGGGCCGCUGAGAGUGUUAGUCGAGGCGUUUGGGAUGCAUGGCGAUACCGCUCUGAAGAAGGGUGUUGAGGCGAAGGACGACUUGUAGCAUAUACACCUAUACCCAUUUGUGUUCGAAAUCGUACAAAGACGACAUUCACUAGGUCGACGGA